AUGGAAUCGUCACUUCCCAUAAGACUUAAAUUGCAAAAGAAGACUGGCAUCAGUUCCUGCCCUGUCGAAGUUUUGCACUUGAUUUUCAGUCUACUUUCGCCCGCAGAAUGGCAUAGUCUCUGUCUGGUUAACCAGAAGCUCCGUGAAAAUGCUGAGCCUCUCCUCUACUCCAAGAUUCAAUGGGGCUGGCAAGACCACAAAAAGCCUCCGCCAAUAAUUCCAUUUCUACGAUCUGUCACCAAACGGCCUGAGCUGGCCUCCUACGUCCAAAGUCUCAAGCUCGAGGGUAAAAACCGCCCGAGAUUCGGGUACUGGUUCCCUUUGUUUUCUCUUCCAGUAUCUGAAACAGAGCUAGAAAGCGAAAUCGCCUUCAUUCAAAGUACAGGCGUACCUUAUAGCGAUCUUUGGAUACACGAGAUCCGCAAGGGUGUAACGGACGCUCUACUCGCCCUUCUUCUGGCGCAACUUUCAAAUCUGAAGUUUCUAGACAUGCAGCCUGUCUUCCUGCAGCGAACUACCUUCAUCGGCAUGGUUCUAAAGUCAGCCAUAUGUGACCGUGGAAAAUAUCGACUACCGGACUUUCAUGGUCUUCGGGAUGUAUCGAUCAUCUUCCGAGAAGGUUGGGACACAGCGCGUGUAACUGAGAAGUUCCAAGAAACCGCGGAUUUAUUGCCACUUUUCUAUCUCCUAAAUGUCGAGCAUCUGGCUUUGUCGAUUAGGAGCAAAUCUGCGUAUAAAUGGCCCACCGAAGAUCUUCCUAGCCCCCCCGAUGUUGAAGUCGCUUCAUUUGAAUUGACCUGGAAAUGGUACUAUGAUUAUGAUUUAAAAGAUGACCUAAAUAAGCCAGUGGUCGACCUCGACCAGAUUGCUACCGCGCUGUCCCUCGCUCCUCCAAACUUGACGGAAAUCAAAAUCGAGGCUGCCGUUGAGCUCGGAGGCCAUGAUAUCGAUUACCCAGGAGUUUGUGUCAAGGGAUCAUUACAACAGCUCGCCAACUUACAUCAGGUCAAGAGACUACAAAUACCUUUUGCUUUUCUCGUUGGCUUCGCUGAAGAUACCACGAAGCGAUUGCACGACUUCCUGCCAAGAAAUAUUGAAUUUCUGACUCUUACAUAUGAUUUGACCGAACAGGAAGGUCAAUACGACAUAGAUAUGCCCGAGUGGGACUGGGAGGAUGAAGCCAUCUUCGAAUUACUUCAGUCAUGGUUGAAGGUUUGGGAGUCGUGUACGCCAUGUCUUCGCGGAAUUCGAAUCCUCCAAUACCCUGAGAAUGACUUGGGAGAAUGGGAGCCAUAUUUGGUAGAUCGUCUGAAACUAUUGAGUCUUCAGACUGGUAUCCAGAUUGACUUUGCUCUAGAUGAAAAGGAGUAA